AAGUGCAAGUGGUAGAGCUAGGUGUAGGUGUUUCCGUGGUUGAGGUUGUAUCUACUUCAACUGAAGUGGUAGAAGUGCAAGUGGUAGAGCUAGGUGUAGGUGUUUCCGUGGUUGAGGUUGUAUCUACUUCAACUGACGUGGUAGAAGUGCAAGUCGUAGAGCUAGUUUCUGUUGUAUCUACUUCAACUGAAGUGGUAGAGCAUGAGGUUGUCACAUCUGGAAUAGAUACCGUGGUAUCUACCUCAACUGAAGAAGUACAAGUGGUAGAGCUAGUUUCUGUCGUAUCUACUUCAACUGAAGUGGUAGAAGUGCAAGUUGAGGUUGUCACAUCUGGAACAGUUACAGUGGUUUCUAUCUCAACCGUGGUUUCAUUUGGAGUGGUAGAGCAAGUGGUAGAGCUAGUUUCUUCAACUUCAGUGGUAGAGCAAGUGGUAGAGUCAGUUACUACAACUUCGGGAGUGGUAGAGCAAGUAGUAGAGUCAGUUACUACAACUUCGGAAGUGGUAGAGCAAGUAGUAGA